AUGGAAUGGGGCUGCGGAAAUAGACCUAUAAUGGAAAAAGAUCAAAAUGGAUCAUGGCAUUCUUCAAAAUAUUGUGAAGAACAUCGAAAAGUAGCGGAUUAUACUGUUCGAUUUAAUACUCCUGACGAUUAUAAUGAGAGUCAUUGUAAUGUAUCAAGGUCGGACAAAUAUCAAGAACGUGUGACAUCAUAUGGUGUCCUAAUUACAAUGUUUAAUUGUGGUGUUAUAGUAUCAUUUGACCAAUUGUAUCGAGCAGAAGCACCACUUAGAGUGUUACACCAUUUAUUUAGAACGUUAGAUCGAUUUACACCAUUAAUAAAAACACCAAAUUGUAUUAUGUACGAUAAUGCAUGUGGAUUAUUACGAACAUUUAAGGCACGUUAUAAUGAUGGAAGAAUAAAGCAUACGGCGUCAUCAGAUAAACUAAAUAAUAUGAAGUUUAUUGUCGACAAAUUUCACCAUCGAAAUCAUAAAAGACCGAAGUGUUUAACAACAACAAAUCCGUAUCAUAUAAUGAAUAAUGAGUUUUUUAAUAUCAACACUGAAGCAUGCGAGCAACUUAAUUCAUUAAUUAAACAUUAUCAGAAUGCUCUUUCGUCGUAUGGAGCACCAAAGAGUGAUAUAUUCUAUCUUCUAUUGUUUAAUCAAAUGAACUGCAAUAAACUAAAUUUAUCGAUUUACACUAAAUAUAGUUA